CCUCCCAAAUCCUCCCCUAUAAAUCCAACCCAAAUCCGCCGCUCCACCGCAGCAGCCACCUCCAGCGAACUCGAAAACUCCACCAAAUCCCUCGCGGCAGCAGAGCCUUCCUCCUCUCCGGCUUCGGCGAUGUCUGGGCGCGGCAAGGGCGGCAAGGGGCUGGGCAAGGGCGGCGCCAAGCGCCACCGCAAGGUGCUCCGCGACAACAUCCAGGGCAUCACCAAGCCGGCGAUCCGGAGGCUGGCGAGGAGGGGCGGCGUGAAGCGCAUCUCCGGGCUCAUCUACGAGGAGACCCGCGGCGUGCUCAAGAUCUUCCUCGAGAACGUCAUCCGCGACGCCGUCACCUACACGGAGCACGCCCGCCGCAAGACCGUCACCGCCAUGGACGUCGUCUACGCGCUCAAGCGCCAGGGCCGCACCCUCUACGGAUUCGGCGGCUGAGCGCGUCCCUCGUUUGCAGCUGUUGGCGGUGGUGCUCGACUGCUUGUUCAUUUGGGUUGCGCGUGCUGUGCUGUUCGUUUGGUGAUGUAGAGAUUGGUCAGAUUCGUAGAUCUGUGCUGUGUUUUGUUCUUAGUACAUGGAUGUGAUGUAGUGGUCUCGAAGUUCUAAGAAUUCCAACUGCCGGUUGUAUCUCAGUUUCGUUUCCUUUCCAGCAAUGAAAUGUUGGCCCCGAUCGACGUCCAAUUGCAUGGCUCUUUCUGGCA